AUGGAUGAGCCGCUGUUGGUUUCCAAAGACCGGAGCGGGUAUUACCAUCUCGAUAUCCUGGGGCAACUACCACUGCUCCAAAUAUAUACCCAAAUAUGCCUGUGCUAUGCAGUGGCCGACGCUUCGUCGCACCCGCGGAUCAUCACCACCCUCACCAAUGGCCUUGAACGGCUAUCGGCGAGCUUUCCAUGGUUGGCGGGUCAUGUCGUCAACGAAGGCUCAAGCGAGAACAGUUCGGGUAUAUUCAAAAUCAAACCGUUGGCGAAGCCUCCUCCUCUCGUUGUGAAAGAUCUCCGAAAUGACCCGUCCAUGCCGACGAUGGACGCUCUUCGGCAUGCCGAGUUCCCUUUCGCCAUGCUGGACGAAAAAGUAAUUGCUCCGCGCAAAACAAUUCCGGGAAGCCCUGACGAACCUGCGUUUGAUACGAUGCCGGUUUUCCUCCUACAAGCUACUUUUAUCUCUGGCGGUCUUCUACUCAUGUUUGUCGGCCAGCACGGCGCCAUGGACAUGACUGGCCAAGGUCAGGUUAUCGAUCUGUUCUCCAAGGCUUGUCGGAAUGAGCCUUUUACACCAGAAGAACUGUCAUCUGGCAAUCUUGACCGUCGCCAUGUCAUUCCCUGGCUGGAUAAUCCCUACAUUUCGGAUUCCGACGCCGCACAGCAACAGCCUGUGAAACCACCUUCCCAUGGCGACCAACCAGCUCCAUUCCCGGCGACUACUCCUCCGAAAUGCACCUGGGCUUACUUCAUUUUCUCUUCCAGGUCACUUGUCGCUCUGAAAGCGCUAGCUACAAGCGCCUCGAGCCCGCCGUCGGGUUUCAUAUCCACUGAUGACGCCCUCAGCGCCUUCAUUUGGCAGUCCAUCAGUCGUGCUCGACUCCCUCGUCUUGAGCCAACAACUAAAUCUACUAUCACCCGCGCCGUCGAUAUCAGGCGUUAUUUUAAUAUCCCACAGAUGUAUCCGGGAGUUGCACAGAACUUAAAUUACCACACCUCCACGCUUCAAAAGCUGAUUGAGCAGCCGUUGGGCGCGGUCGCAUCCCAGUUUCGUUCAGCAGUGGAUCCCAAAACAUCAGAUAUAGAGUAUCGCACACGUGCUUUAGCGACACUUAUCAGCCGUACGCCGGAUAAGAAUACAGUUUCCAUUACCGCGAACAUUGACCCAUCAACAGAUCUCAUGUUGAGUUCUUGGGCGAAGCUAGACUGUUAUGAGCUUGACUUUAAUCUUGGAUUGGACAAACCUGAAGCUGUACGCAGGCCACGACUUGACCCGUUUGACGGCUUGAUAUACUUGAUGCCCAAGUCUCGAGACGGCGAGAUUGCUGUCGCGAUAGGUUUGAGGGAUGAGGAUCUGGAUAGAUUAAAAGCCGAUGAAGAAUUCAACAAGUACGGGAGGUACAUUGGCUGA